CCUUCAAACCCUCGACUCGACGAGCGCCCCCGAUUCCCUCAACUCCCUCUCCGCCCUCCCGACCUCCUCCGUCCGCCGUCGUCGCCCGUCCUUCUUGAUCGCAUAGCCUGCUGCUCUGCUCUUCCGCUGCCAUCGGCCUCCCCUUUCAUCAUGUCGAAUAAUCGCAACUACGAUUUCCUGAUCAAGCUGCUCCUGAUAGGCGACUCCGGCGUCGGCAAGUCGUGCUGUCUGCUGCGCUUCAGCGAAGACUCCUUCACCCCGUCCUUCAUCACCACUAUCGGCAUCGACUUCAAGAUCAGGACCAUUGAGCUCGAUGGAAAGCGCGUCAAGCUGCAGAUCUGGGAUACCGCCGGCCAGGAGCGCUUCCGUACCAUCACCACCGCCUACUACCGCGGUGCUAUGGGCAUCCUCCUGGUCUACGACGUCACCGAUGAGCGCUCAUUCAACAACAUCCGCACCUGGUUCCAGAAUGUCGAGCAACACGCCACCGAGGGCGUCAACAAGAUCCUGAUUGGAAAUAAGUGCGACUGGGAGGAGAAACGCGUCGUCUCUACCGAGCAGGGCCAGGCCCUCGCCGACGAGCUCGGCAUCCCCUUCCUCGAGGUUUCGGCCAAGAGCAACAUCAACAUCGACAAGGCCUUCUACAGCCUAGCCGCCGACAUCAAGAAGCGACUCAUCGACAACUCCAAGAACGACCAACCCUCGGCGAGCGGCGUCAACGUUGGCGACAAGAGCGAAGCCGGCGGCAGCAAGUGCUGCUGA